AUACCACUUAAAUUCUAUUGGUUGUGGGAUUUUUCUUAUUUGAUUUUUUAUUUGCUGUGAUUGGUUGGCAUGAGUGUUCCAGGGAAUCCCUCCAGCCAGUCAUUUAAGUUGUCUGUUAGACUCAUGUGGAGCAGAGAGUCCACAGUCCUCUAAAAAGGAGAGAGCUAUCCAAUACCUUUCACUUUGAAAUUGUAUCUCAGCCCUUCAACUUGAGCACUAUGGAUUUGACCUCAGGAAUAGAGAAGAUGUGUGUGGGGCAGCAGCCAGUGAUUCCAGGGGUGAGGGGCGCGACGUGUCUGUCAUGUAAAGGGAUCUGCUCUGGAUUCAUCCCACAUUCCUGGAGGAAAGUGUGCACAGUGUGUGGUUGCAGUGUGGAGGACCACGGCUCCAGCUGUGACUUAGACGAUGACCACAAGAUUGGCCGACUCCUGGCCGACUCCAAAUAUGCCCACCUGACCGCCAAGGUGAAGGGCAUCCGGGUGUACAAACGUAACCGCAUGGUCGUCACCAACUCUGUCGUCUCAAAGAAGGACCCCACCUUCAACACCAUCACCUACGACUGGGCCCCGCCAGGACUCACACAGAAACUGGCCAUGCUGUACAUGGCGUUGGUCCCGGAGGAGAAGCGUCCAGUAGCAGGGACGGAGGGAGCGAUGUACCGGCGCAGGCAGUUGAUGAGACAGCUACCUGUCUACGAUCAGGACCCCUCCCUGUGCAACGGGUCUCUGUCAGAGGACCAGCUCCAGGCCAUGUCUAUCUUUAUGAAGCGCUACAAAGAGGAGGCUCUAGGAGUAGGGGAGGUGGCGCUGCCUGGGGAGGGAGGCGCUAACCCUCCGCCCGUCAUCAAAGGACAUAGGCAGAAGAACGGGGCUGUGACCGGGGGACCUAGGAAGGCCCCCAUUAUCCAGUCAGACCCUAACACAACCUCCACCAACGGGACAAACAACCAUUAUAAGAAGAGUAAAUAUCAUUGCAGUGGUUGCGGGGAGCUCACCCCCCUGGACAGUCCUGUGGUGUAUGCAGAGGGGGCAGGCUACGACAAGCAGUGGCACCCGACCUGCUUUGUGUGUUCAGAGUGUGGGGAGGCCCUGGUUGAUCUGGUAUACUUCUGGAAGGAAGGAGAGCUGCUGUGUGGAAGACACUACUGCCAGAGGACCAGACCCCGUUGUGCAGGCUGUGAUGAGCUGAUCUUCUGUGAAGACUACAAGAAGGGAAUAGACAGUCGGGCGUGGCACCAGGACCAUUACUGCUGCUGGCGGUGUGGACAGGGUCUGGACAGCCCCUGUUCCUGCCCCCAAACACCCGGCCCCAGCCCUGUUUAGGUCCCCUGGACCUAAAAAUGUAAUUAUAAAUUAUACAUGCAAUAAUUAUUCUAAAAUGUAAUAACAGUGUAAUAAUAGUGAAGCUGAUUUUUUUUUGUUAAAUUAGGUCAAUGCCUUGUUAUCUUGUUAGAUUAUAGAGAAUAAAUAAAGAUACUUUUUUUGUUUUUAAAAUGGCCGUUAUCUGUGCUUUUAUGCUAACAAUUUGACCAUUUCUGCCUUGUUGAAGUAGAUGAUUCUGUUAAUUUUAAUCUAAUUUAAGUAGUUAUCCAUUUUGUUUUAGUUAGUAGUUAAUGUACAGUUAACCAUUUUGUUGGUCUAGUUACUAAUUUAACGAUUUUGUUUGUCUAGUUAGUAGGUAAUGUCCGGUUAUCCAUUUCCUACAUAUACAUUAUAGAUAUUUGAUGUUAUAAAACUGUUUUGAUCCUAAUUCUUAGUACUCGCUAAUGGUCCUUUAUAUUGGUCUCACUCGCACUGACGCACACAUAUACACACACAAAUACACAUGCAUAUACACACGCAUAUACACGCGCAUAUACACACGCACACAUAUACACACAAAAUCAAGACUCAAUCCCUAGAGGUCUAAAGUUAUUGGUUCAGUACGUGAUGUCAUCAACGGAGCUGGUUUAGAAACAGUCGGUCUGUAUGGUGUAAUAGUUAGGGUGGAAUGUGUUUAUCAGCAGCUUAUCUCUCCAGUAGUAGGAAGUAGAGUACUGUAUAUCCAGGGUGUAUCGAGGACGAUCUAUGACAGUGUUAUGGUGUGUAUCCAAGGUAGAGUUAGUUUAUCAGCAGUUUAUCUCUCUAGUCUCCUCCUGGUUAAUACCAGUCUACAAACUCCUCCUGGUUAAUGCCAGUCUCCAGUCUCUAGUCUUCUCCUGGUUAAUACCAGUCUCCAGGCUCCUCCUGGGUAAUCCCAGUCUCCAGUCUGCAGUCUCCUCCUGGUUAAUCCCAGUCUCCAGUCUGCGAUCUCCUCCUGGUUAAUCCCAGUCUCCAGUCUGCAGUCUCCUCCUGGUUAAUACCAGUCUCCUCCUAGUUAAUACCAUUCUCUAGUAUCCUCCUAGUUAAUACCAUUCUCUAGUAUCCUCCUAGUUAAUACCAGUCUCCAGUCUCCUCCUGGUUAAUACCAGUCUCUAGUCUCCUCCUGGUUAAUCCCAGUCUCCAGUCUGCUGUCUCCUCCUGGUUAAUACCAGUCUCCAGUCUCCAGUCUCCUCCUAGUUAAUACCAUUCUCUAGUAUCCUCCUAGUUAAUACCAUUCUCUAGUAUCCUCCUGGUUAAUGCCAGUCUCCAGUCUCCUCCUGGUUAAUACCAGUCUCCAGUCUCCUCAUGUUUAAUCCCAUUCUACAGUCUCCCUUUAGACUCCCUGCUCAGACCCAGUCUACAGUCUCCACAGUCUCCACGCUCAGAGAGAGAGAGUUGUCAUGACGUUGCCCUCUUUGGGGAUAGCGAGUACCAUCCCUGUCACGCCCUGACCUUAUAGAGCUUUUUAUGUCUCUAUUUUGGUUUGGUCAGGGUGUGAUUUGGGUGGGCAUUCUAUGUUCUUGUUUCUAUGUUUUGUAUUUCUAUGUUUUGGCCGGGUAUGGUUCUCAAUCAGGGACAGCUGACUAUCGUUGUCUCUGAUUGGGAACCAAGUAGUAGCUUUUUCCCACCUAUGUUUUGUGGGUAGUUGGUUCCUGUUUAGUGUUCUGCACCUGACGGGACUGUUUCGUUUUGCACUUUGUUAUUUUUGUUUCAAGUGUUUAGUUUAAUAAAAGUCAUGAACAUUUAC